AUGAUCUUCCAGUUGUACCCGAUAUUGUUCGUGAACCUCAGCGAUAUAUGUUUGUCAAGAAUCUACCAUUUCUCAUCCUCUAGUUUGGACAGACGCAAGGAUAUUGUUGCAAUGAAUUCACAAGUGCCGAAUCCAACUCGAGUUGAAGUUGCCGCAGCACUGCUUUAUAGAUGUGGAGCGGCAGUAUCAAUGGCAAAUUUCGGCGUGUUCCAACCAUCUAUAUUGUUCCAUGUAAUGAAUUGUCGUCCCCCAUUGCCCCAAAACACCAUUGGAAAUGCUUUGUGUUUCUUUAUCUCAUUAGCAGUGACGGAAGAUGAGAUACAAGUACCCCAAUUCGUCGCUCAACUAAGAAAAGCUAAAAAAUAUCUUCAAGAAAAGUUGAAUGAUCCAAAUCAGCUAGCGCCACAUGUUCUUGAAAAAAUCAAAGAGACAACAAAUAAAUCAGAGAAGAAUAUGUGA